AUGAAGAUCGCAAGAGGGAGGAAAGAAAUAGAAAACAAUGAGUAUCUUGCGCAAGGAGAAGGAAAUUUGAACAAACCUGACGAGGAAAGGGAGGAAAUAAAUAGGAAGACACAUAAGCGCAGUUCUUCGGGGGAGUGGGAGCUCCUCAUACUAAUCAGAAUCAUCUCAAAUAUGUUGGAAGAAGUGGAGUGCACGCUGAACCAGCUACCAGAAGAGGUGCUUGCCAAUAUCCUCCGACGUCUUACGCCACCCUUCCUUGCCACAUCCCGCUGUGUUUGCAAGCCCUGGUGCACAAUCAUUGACACCCGCCGGUUAGCCCAACAAUAUCUGACUGUUUGCCACCCAGAGAUAUCUUUAGCACUUAGUGACCACUGCAAUGGGCUUCUCUUGCUUGACGACUAUGUGGUUAACCCAGCGACAUAUCAGUGGGUGCAAUUGCCCCCAUUCCCAAGCCCACAUUUGGGUACAGAAAACUUUUUCCACAAGGAGGACCUAGUCUUUGAUCCUGCAGUGUCACCACACUAUGAGGUUUUUCUGAUCCCAUUUGCUUGUGCCAGAUCUGGCCAGAUCAAAUUAAACCCUGCAACAGAGGAAUUAGAGUGGCCACUGUCGCCAUGCAUACUUCAUGUGUUCUCAUCAAGGACUAAGAAAUGGGAGGAGAGGUCGUUUGUUCGAGAAGGGGAGGCUGCAGGGACUGUGGCUGACAUGCGAUUGGAUGGUUCAUAUAGUAAUCAUUAUCACAACUCUGUCUAUUGGCGGGGAGCACUUUAUGUCCAUUGCCAAACCAACUUUGUUAUGAGAUUAUCACUGUUAGAUGGUAAGUACCAGGUAAUUAAACCACCUCUAGUAGAUACUGAGCUGAUACCAGAUCCAAAUCUUUAUCUGGGAAAAUCACAGAAGGGACUGUACUGUGCGUUGGAUGAUCAUUAUGUUUAUAUUCUGGAUGAAUCAUAUGGCAAGAUGGAGUGGUUUUUGAAGACUAGUAUUUGCUUGAGAUAUAGGAAAACUGAUAGACCUAAACCUUGGACCUUACAAGAUAUUAAAUGUAUUGGAUCACGCGAUGAGUAUCAGGAUGAAUGGGACUCAGGCGAUGAUAAUGUUAUUCACACCGAAGGUUGGGGCAAUAGGGACAUUGGUGGCUAUAUUAUUACUCUCCUCGGAUUUUACCCUUACAGGGAGGUUGUCUUCGAGUGA